AUGCCGCCGCUCGCCGACCCCGAGAGCCCCCCGCUGCCUUCCUGCCAGUGCCGCGAUCGUUCCGGUGGUCGCCGCUGCCUCCUCCCGGUUCUUGCCGCUCUCGGAGCCGCCGCUCUCGGGGCCGCCGCCGCCGUCGUCGCCUUCCUGGGGAUGCUCCGUGGGGGGACGCUCCGUGGGGGGACCCCGCCGCAGGCUGCCACGGCCGCCCACUUGCUGCUGAGCGCUGGCUUGUUGGCGGUGCCGUCAAGACCCAACUGGCGCUAUGAGGAAGGCAUCAACGGCGUCUUCCUCAGCGAUGACGUGCAGAUGACAGACAAGGAGCUGCGGGUGACAGCAGGUGGCCUCUACCUCCUCUACGGCCAAUUUGCCCUCACCUGCACGGCACCCGCUUGUCCCCCUGGCACCGUCACCCUCCAGCUCCAGCGCGCCGGUUCAUUACGUCCGUUACUCACCGUGCCGUUGGCGCUGCCUGAUGGUGCAGGAUCUGACCCGGCACGUUCUGAUUUGGCCCAAGCCAUUGGACAGCUCCAACCUGGGGAUGUCCUCAGCCUGGUGUUGGCAGGGGACGUGACCGGGGAUGGGUGGCAGCUGGCACAAGAUGAGCGGGAGGGCAAUUUUGUAGGGUUGCUGCGUAUCGCUGGGGGGUGACACGUGGGGUGGCAGGGGGUGACCAGCGGGGUUUGAGGCUGGUCACCCUUCUGGUUGGAGGUUGGGGACGUUGCUGACCUCCAUGCCUGGAGAUUUGGGUUCCAAGACCCCAAUGCCCAGAGAUUUGGGGACAUCAAGGGACA